UAGGCCCAAGCUGUUCAUCUCACUCACUCUUAAAAGAUGGUAAUGGCCAUCAACAUUUUUUUUUUAAUUUAAAUUGUUUUUAUUUUUAUUAAAAAAUUAGUGUCUUUAAAAAUGUAUUUUUAAAGUAGAGGUUUCAGAGGACUAAAUACAACAAAAGUUAAGUCAAUCGGAUAACUACAGCUGGAGAAAUCGAUUUUUAAUCGUGUAACUUUUUAAAAUUUGUCGUUCUUUCAACAAACUUAAAAAAAUUCUAACUAAAAAAGAUAUUUUUUUUUGGCAAAUCCUAAUACACGCGUUUACUUAUUUACCGAAUAGUAUACGUAAAUAAAAUUUCAGGAAUAUAAAAAUGUAAUAAAAUGUUUUUUGAAAAAUCCGUUUGCAAAAGCACGGCAAUAAAAGAAAUCUUAAAAUAGAAGAAGCUCUUUGACAAAAGAGGUAUGCUCCCGCGCUCUCUCUGAAAAUUCAUAAUCUUUGGUAUAAUAUUCAAUACCAACUGAAAAUGUAAACAGUUUAAAAUCAACAGCCGUACAGUCGUGAUAGUGACAGUGGAUUUAUAUGAAAUGAGUAACGAUCAGUAUAACCCAGUUCUUACGCGAAAAAAUCGGACGGAAUUGUUUACUACAGCAGAGUGUGAGGAGAUACUAAAAAAUUUAUUAACCGAUAAGAACGAGCAUGGGCAGUUACUUAAUUUUGAUGUAGUUCCAGCCACAGAACAUGUGGGAUUUCUUGGUGAAUACUUUCACUUGUACCUCCGAUAUCAGUUGGAGAAUCAGAAAGACGUACAAACUUCUCGACUGUUUGUCAAGUCCGUGAUCUUCCAAAAUGCUAAUAUGGAAUUCUAUAUGGAGAAAUUGGGUCUUAUUAAGAAGGAGAGUAAGCUGUACGAAUUGCUAAAUGAUCUAAAAAAAUUUUCUCCCCAUGUUUGGUGUGCCAAGUCCUAUUUCACCCGCAAAGAUCUGUUUGUAAUGCAAAAUGUGGAGGACAUGGGCUAUGUGGCCCUACCUGCAGGAACUCGCUUUCUAAAUGAAAAUCAGUUAGGACCCAUUUUAAAAUCAUUGGCCACUUUGCACGCCAGUAGUAUAGCCUACGAAAAUCAGGAGGGGAAAUCGAUUGGAGUGGAGUUUAGAGAGGUGCUUAAAGAAGUCUCUGUUAAUCCUGAUGUUGAUUGGUAUACUACGGGCUUACGAGCUGUCCUGGCAGUGGCUGCCACCCAUCCGGAUGUCCUAGAUAAUGCCGAAGCCCAAGAGUUUAUAGCAUCCCAGUUGCCAAGAUAUCUGGACAGGGUUUACUAUAUGGUUAAUCCGUCACCAGUUCAUAGGAACGUCUUUGUCCACCGAGACGCCUGGGGUGCCAAUGUCUUUUACCACCGUGAGGAGCCCCAGGUGAAAAGAUCUGUUCUGGUGGACUUUCAACUUUGUCGCUAUUCCCCACCAGCCAUGGACUUUCACCUGGUCAGUUAUUUAAAUUUAGAACCUUCAAGUCGAAAAAAGAUAAUUGAGCGUCUGACUCAAACAUAUUACAACGCAUUGGCUGAGGAGCUUCGAGAAAUGGGUAUUGAUCCCAAUCAGGAACAACUUAGUAAACAAGAAUUCGAGCAAUCUCUGAAAGACUUUGCUUUGUUUGGAGCGAUAUACAAUUGCAUGGCAGCAACUAUUCUCCGUUUACCUGAUAAUUAUCUGAAAAACCUAAAGGAUGAACGCCCGGAGGAUUUUCAUCGAUUUUGCAAUGUGGAUCGCACGAAAGAUGUUCUCCGUUUGAUGAAAGAUCAUCCCGAGUUUGCUGAUUAUAUGUACGAAUGUGUGGGGGAUUUGCUGGCCCUGACAUAUCAUAAACAAAACUGAUUAAACGACAUUGUAGCACCUCA